UUGUCUUUAAGUCAAAAUAUUUCGGAGAAAUAGGAUGUAUAUAAGAAAUUAUUUUAUUUUAUUUUAUUUUGUGCUCUUUAUAGUUAUUUAUAUUGGGCCAAACCCACUUACAUAAACCCUAGAAUCUCUACCUACACAUUCCACCAGACUCUAGAUCUAUUUUCCUUCCUCUUCUCAUGCAUUUUGUUUCCCUUUUUGACUUCUUCUUUGAUGUUCCUCUCUCUAUUUUUUCUACUUCUUCUGAUUCGAGCAUUCUUCACUUCUUUCUUCACAUUCGAUCAUCUUUCUAUUCGUUUGCGGUUUUUCUAACCACAGAUGAGUUUACCAACUUAUUUUGGUUGGACCGGAUUUUCCGGUUCAAUCCCGUCUCGGACUGGUUUAACCAUAUCCAAAUCAGUAACCAGACCGAAAAAUAGACCGGGUUCAUUAAACCCGUUGGACCCACCAUUCCAACGUGGCACAGUCUUUGAUACUAUAACCGAAAACACGAAAAUAUUGGUUCAAGCGGCACAAAUGCAAGAGGAAGUUGAAGAAUGUAUCAUAUCUUCACUCACUGAAACUUGAAGUGAAACUUGGAGCCCACGUUUCCGUAGUGCACCUAAGAACCGAACAAAGAAUGUCAAGAAUCACUCUGGUACCUGAUACUUACCCCAUUCCCUCUGAGAAGAGGAAGAAAGGGUUUAAGGGUACUGGAGUUGAAACGGAAGAUGGUGUAAGGAGACACGAAGACCUUUUCAUGAUAAAGAAGAUUAGUCGUCAAGAUUCUCUAUACAAGAGACGAAAGCAUCCUCGUGAGGAUGUUUCUGCUCCAUUGAUCGAGAUUCUUCCUUUCACCAUCUAUAUCCCAGAUGAGGAACUUCUACUAUCACAGUUGCAAGCCUUUCCUACAAUGAAAGAGGCUUUGUUCUCGGAUGACCCUGAUGCACAACUUGAAGCAACUGCUCAGUGUGGAAAGAUGCUAUCAAAGGGCUACAUCCCUCAUAUUGAUAAGGUGGUCCGGGCAGGUAUUGUCCCUCGGCUUGUGACAUUCUUGAUCAGGGAGGAGAUGCCUCAACUGCAGACCAUGGCAGCAUGGACUCUGGCCAACGUUGCCUCGGGAUUGUCUGAGCAUACAAGAACUGUGAUUGAACAUGGUGCUAUUCCGCUGCUUGUGCAGCUUCUGAGCUCAAGUAGUGAGGAGAUCAAAGAACAGGCAAUGUGGGCAUUAAGUAAUAUUGCCGGUGAUUCCCCAAGCGCAAGGGAUGAUGUUUUUAAUCAUGGUGCACUCUCUCCAUUAUUGUCUAUAUUGUGGAGUCCUACUUGUAUAGCAAAAAGUUCUACCAGUAAGAUCGCUACAUGGACUUUUUCAAAUUUCUGCAUCGGAAAGCCGCUUCCAAUACUUCUUCAACAGGUACCACCAGCAUUGCCUGCCAUUCGGGAACUCUUGUCGAUGCAGGAUGAAGGAAUUAUACUACAUGGAUGCCUGACUCUCUGCUGCCUUACUCAAAAGGAAUCAAUCGAAUUGAACCAAGCUAUCAUUGAUGCAAAUGUUUGCCCAAGACUUUUAGAGCUACUAGUUCAUUCCAAGUCAAAAGUUUUUGUUCCUGCUCUUCGGGCUAUAGGAAAUAUUUCUACUGGCAAUGAAGUUCAUAAUAAGGUUCUAAUUGACAGUGGAGGUCUCCCAGUUUUUAACUUUCUUCUUAAACAAAGUGAUACAUUUAUCCUCCGAGAAGUUUGUUGGAUAAUUUCAAAUAUCGCAGGUGGGCCUACGGAUCAUGUACAGGCUAUUAUUGAUGCAGAUCUUAUUAGUUCACUUGUCCAUCUUACGAAGGCUGAAUUCGAAAUUGGGCAGCCGGCUGCCUGGGCUAUUGUCAACACCACCUGUAAUGCCACUCAUGAGCAGAUUCGGUUAUUGUCGUGUCAAGGGUGCAUCGAGGCACUCUGUGAUCUCUUGACCUUAACAGACUCGAAUAUUCUGAUAGAGUGUUUGGAUGGACUGAAUAACAUAUUAAUUGUUGGAAAAGUUAACCAGGAAAAGGGAUUGUAUAACGGGGUCAAUGUUUACGGUGGAAUGAUUGAGGAAUGUGGAGGAUUGGAUAAGAUUGCAAAUUUGCAAAGCUAUGACAACGAUGAAAUUUAUAAUAGGGCCGUGAAUAUUUUGGUGCAAUAUUUUCGUGAGAACCUUGAAAUAGAUGAGGAGAGUCUUGAUGAAACCAUGAAAAAGCAUCUUGAAGUAGAUGAUAAGAAUCUUCAUAAUAGUGUGGAAGAAACCGCAAAAGAGGGCCUUGAAGUUGAAGUAGAUGAAAAGAAUCUUCAUAUUAGUGUAGAUGAAACCACGAAAGAGGACCUUGAAGUAGAUAAAAAGAAUCUUCAUACUAGUGUGGAUGAAACCAUAAAAGAGGACCUUGAAGUAGGUGAAAAGAAUCUUCAUAAUAGUGUGGAUGAAACCAUCAAAGAGGAAGAUAAAAAAAAUCUUCAUAAUAGUGUGGAUGAAACCGUGAAAGAGGACCUUGAAGUAGAUGAACAGAAUCUUCAUAAUAGUGUGGAUGAAACCAUCAAAGAGGACCUUCAAGUAGAUGACCAGGAUCUUCUGGAUAAUGUGGUUGAAACCAUGAAAGAGAACCUUCAAGUAGAUGACCGACCAGGAUCUUCUUAAUGGUGUGGAUGAAACCAUGAUCUUCUCUUUUGGGCUGAACUACCCUACAGAUGGUUUCAAUCUUUUUUUGUUUAUAAAGUAGGUUUCCAUGUCAUUUCCUCUUUGAAUUGAGCAUUUUUUUUAGUCUUUGUUAAUACUCAGUCCAAGAUUAUGACAUUCUUAAUUUGACUCCUAUUAAAUAGUUGAUUUACAUAUACUAACAUUAGAAUGAGAGAAAAUAAAACUUAUCUUUGCUCU